AUGUGGCGAAGAUUGCAUUUCUCAAAUGUUGAAUUAAAUGAAACUGAGCCUCAGUUAUCCAUUAAAGAUGAGUUGAAACAAGUAGAAGAACGAUUCAAUGAGGUUGACAUUGGCGGUAAAGUCACCAUCAAGCAGAAUUUACUUGAGAUUGUUUGUCCUACAUUGACAUCAAUGGUCCCUCCAUUACAUAAAGUCAAGACAAAGGGUGCACAAAAAAGUAAAGUUAAACGAAGUGAAAGGUCUACUACGCGGGAUCCAUCAUAUUUUGAGUAUGUGGAUGCCUUUCAUUCAACCAUAGAAUCUUCAUCUGUGAGAAGUAAAUUACAAUCAAAGCCAAAAGUAAUGAAGAAAAGGAGAGUUCCAAUGAUAGACCAGUUUCAUUCUACUACUCACCCCUUCAUUGUGGACGUUGUUGAUGUUGUGGAUGAUGGUCACUGUGGGUAUAGAUGCAUUGCUGCGUUGUUAGGACUCGGAGAAGAUUCAUGGCCCGUUGUCAGGAAUGAGUUGUACAAAGAACUCAGUGCAUGGCGUGAUGAAUAUGCAAGCCUAGUAGGAGGCUAUGAUAGACUAGAAGAACUGAGAAACUCUUUGUUGGUGCAAUCACUGUCGGCGGCUAACAUGAGCAAGUGGAUGACAUUACCAGACAUUGGUUAUGCAAUUGCUAACCGGUAUAACGUUAUCUUAGUGUGUUUGUCAUACUCUCAAAAUUAUACUAUCUUCCCACUACGUUCCACACCACCUUCUGAUAUCACUCAACAUCGCUUAAUUUGUAUAGGACAUGUUCAUGGAUGUCAUUUUGUACAGGUUAAGAUACAAGAAGGUUGUCCGUUGUCCAUGGUGAAUAUCAUGUCCUCAACCCACUGUUAUCCUGAGGCACGAGCGUGGUCAUCUAUUUAUACUAGUAGGAUGCACGCAUUUGAACAGUUGAUGGACAUAACAACAUCUUAUGUUGACUUAGGUGAUUCAUGA